AUUGUAAAGUUAUCAGUCAUGUUUUCGGAAGUUCGUAUUAAUGCUCAGAGAAUAUGCAGUUUUAAAGCGGUUUAUUCAUAUGUAUAAUAUAAUAGAAUAUCUCAAAAUGUGAUUUGCUGUCUUCGAACUUAUUGUGUUACAAAUUGUAUUAAAGAGAGUGUCGUGAGGCAUUGUGUGUUAUAAAAUGGAAAACCCACCUGUGUCAUUACUUUAAAAUUCAACGUGCAUGCAAGAAUAUAGAACUUUGUAUAUAUUACUGUAAAAAAAAAAAGUUUAAAUGAAAAAGAAAACCUCUGCUCAUCCAAGAAGGCAGUUUGGUGUGACAAAACUGAAAUGUAAUUAAAAUAACCUAUAUAAAAAUAUUAAUUUCAAGACUAACUCAAACUAGAAAUUUCUGUAUGAAUUGAUAUUUAUAUGAAACUGUUGACUUAGUUUUGGAUUAAUAGAGCAAAUAUGGAUAUUCAAAACAUGACUUAUGAAAUGCAGCAGGAACGGCCACAUGGAUGUGAUAUCUGUGGUAAGAGAUUUAAAAAGGGAAAUCAAUUAAGGCAACAUUUGAUAAUCCAUAAACCACCUGAUAAACGUCCAUAUAGUUGUUAUAUAUGUGAAAAAACUUUUAAUCGAUCUCACCAUCUAAAGCUUCAUGUAAUUGCUCAUACAAAGCAAAGUCCAUAUAGAUGUGAAAUAUGUGGUAGAGGCUGCAACCAGAUGAGCAACCUUAGACGUCAUUUGCAGACACAUGAAGCUGAAAGAAAUCAUGUAUGUGAAUACUGUGGAAAAACCUACGUGGAAGAAGCUACGCUGCAGAAGCACAUGCUCAAACAUACUCAGAAGAAUAUAUUUCAGUGUGAUUCUUGUGAUAAAACUUUUUAUAAAGCUGGAAACUUGGAAAAGCAUGCCUUAGUUCAUAAUGCAGAUCGGCCAUAUAUGUGUACCCUGUGUAAUAAAGGUUUUGUUAGAGAAAGUAGCUUGAAACAGCAUUUGGUAACUCAUACAGAAGAUGAACCACACAGUUGCGAUGUAUGUGGACGUCGCUUUCGCCGGCUGGGAAAUUUCGAAAAUCAUUUGAUUACGCAUACUGGGUAUACUCCACAUGUCUGUGAUAUUUGUGGGAAAAAGUUUUUACAAAUAGGAAGUUAUAGGCGCCAUCUACGUACUCAUAAUGAAGUGUUAAAAGAAGCCACCCGUAUUAAACUAGAAGGAACGGUUGGUGAUGAGAUGUACAUAUUACAGGAUGAUGGUGAUAUGGAUGAUGAUGAUGACGACGACGAUAAUUCAAAUAUGUUGGCUCCAGAAGUUUCUAUUCGGGAAUAUGAUGGAGAAAAUGUGGUAUUAAAUGCUGUAGAAGCUGAUGCACUUAUGAUUACUGAACCAGAUGGACAAGGUAAUGUGACUGUAAUAGGAUCUGCAUGUUCAAUGGAAGGAAUUCAGAACAUAAGUCAUGAUGGGAAAGAAUAUUAUUUAAUUGAAGUGAAAGAAUGCUCUUCAGAAAACGGGGAAUGCGAGACUAAAGUAUUUGAAUAAAUGUUAAUAUUUUGACUUCUUGCCAAAACAAAUUUGUGCAAAAUUAGCUUUCUGUUCUGAAAAUAAAUUUAGUUUAAAAUUGUU